AUGGAAGACAAUGCGCUUGAGAGUUUAUUUGUGGCGAAACAAAUCUGCAUGGCUAAAAUUAGUGACCUUAACGGGUGUGACUUAAGCUCCAAGGCCAUUUCACUUGGGAUUAGAGCUAUAAAACUUAAUUUGACGUCUAGUUACUUGGAAACUGCCACAGGUCCCGUUAAAGAACUUAAUAAAGAUGCAAAAUUUAUUAAAGAAGCUACAAAUAUUAAUAAUGGAAGAGUGUACAAAGCCACAUGUGCCCUGGCCUUAAAAUUUACUGAAAAAGCUGCAGUCGAAGUGAUCAGCUCCUAUGAAGAUUUACGUCAAAAGUAUAAAAUAAUGUCAAAUAAACCUCAAUACCAACUUGUAAUUGAGAAAAUACAAGCGGGUUCAAAAUUAAAUACUGAGGAAAUGGAAUUGAGAGAUAUGGAAGCAGCAUUUAACGAACUUACAAAUGUAUAUGACACCAUGUUAAAUUUAACCAAGAUCUUACACUAUGCCAAUAAACUCUCGAGUAAAUGCCACUUUUCUGGUCUUAAAAAUUUUAAAAUCGACGUUGACAACCUGAUAAAUGAGAUGAAAGAGUCACGGGAUGACCCAAAUCUAAUCCCCGAAUCUUCUCAAAAACUUCAAAAAAUUUACCUUAAACUACAAGAAUCAUACUUGAAUUUAAAAGCUAAUGAACAAAAACGAGUUAUUGAUGAAAUUUCAUUAGUCUACUCAGCUGUUAACCACAUGUUAUCAGAUUUGGAAUAUCAAACUUUUCCACACAAGUUCAGUAAUUUUAAACCAGAUUUAACCUUCAAACACGAAAACAGGAUUUUACACCAAUAUCAAAACUAA